GACUCCGGCUGCAGCCGCGGGAGGUCCGGACACAGACGGCCAUGGGACUCGCUGAUAAUAGAGGACACAUGUCUUAACUUGGUUGCUCUAAGAACUGAUGCCUAAACCAUUUUCAGCAUGGCCUGUAGAAGAGGAGGUGGGCAUGGCCAGCCUACCUUAGCUACACUUUCUCGGGUUAGCCCUGGAAGUCUUUCCACAUGUAGAACCCAUACUCAUAAUAUAUGCAUGGUAUCUGACUUUUUCUACCCAAAUAUGGGAGGUGUGGAAAGCCACAUUUACCAGCUCUCUCAAUGCCUGAUUGAAAGAGGGCAUAAGGUCAUAAUUGUCACCCAUGCUUAUGGAAAUCGAAAAGGUAUCCGUUACCUCACUAAAGGCCUCAAAGUCUAUUACUUGCCUCUGAAAGUCAUGUACAACCAAUCUACAGCCACAACUCUCUUUCACAGUCUGCCAUUGCUCAGGUACAUAUUUGUUCGGGAGAGAGUCACGAUAAUCCAUUCACAUAGUUCUUUUUCUGCCAUGGCCCAUGAUGCUCUCUUCCACGCCAAGACAAUGGGGAUUCAGACAGUCUUCACGGAUCAUUCCCUUUUUGGAUUUGCUGACGUCAGCUCGGUGCUUACAAACAAGCUUCUAACUGUGUCUCUUUGUGACACAAACCACAUUAUUUGUGUCUCUUAUACUAGUAAGGAAAAUACUGUACUAAGAGCAGCACUGAAUCCUGAAAUAGUGUCCGUCAUUCCUAAUGCUGUAGAUCCUACUGACUUCACUCCAGACCCAUUUAGAAGGCAUGAUAGUGUAAUAACUAUUGUUGUUGUCAGCAGACUUGUUUACAGAAAAGGAACCGAUUUGCUUAGUGGUAUAAUACCUGAACUAUGUCAGAAAUAUCAAAAUUUAAAUUUCAUAAUUGGAGGAGAGGGACCAAAGAGAAUCAUUUUGGAAGAAGUUCGAGAAAGAUACCAGCUACAUGACAGGGUGCGUCUUUUGGGAGCUUUAGAACACAAGGAUGUUAGAAAUGUCUUAGUUCAAGGACAUAUUUUUCUUAAUACCUCCCUUACCGAAGCAUUCUGCAUGGCGAUCGUGGAAGCAGCCAGUUGUGGCUUACAGGUUGUAAGUACCAGGGUUGGUGGAAUUCCUGAGGUGCUUCCAGAAAAUCUUAUUAUUUUAUGUGAGCCUUCAGUAAAAUCUUUGUGUGAAGGGUUGGAAAAAGCUAUUUUCCAACUGAAUUCGGGGACAUUGCUGACUCCAGAAAAUAUCCAUAACAUAGUAAAGACUUUCUACACCUGGAGGAAUGUUGCGGAGAGAACUGAAAAAGUAUACGACUGGGUGUCUAUGGAAGCAGUGUUGCCAAUGGACAAACGACUGGACAGACUCAUCUCUCACUGCGGCCCAGUAACGGGCUACAUUUUUGCUUUGUUGGCUGUUUUCGAUUUUGUUUUCCUCGUUUUCCUGAGAUGGAUGACUCCAGAUUCUAUCAUUGAUGUUGCAGUAGAUGCCACUGGGCCAAGGGGUGCCUGGACUCAUCAGUGUUCUCACAGUGAAAAGGGGGGUGAGAAUAAUGAGAUGUCUAAAACCAGGUAGAAGCAAGCCUGGAUUCUAAGAUUUUAGCAAUUUGUAAUAGUUCUAUUAAGACUAUUGAAAACGUUGCUUUUUUGGGUUUUUGUUUUUGGAAGUUAAUUUAGUAAGUUAUGCUACCUCUAUAUCAUUCAAUGUUUUCUUUUGAGGAAAGAUGAAAACUUAUGCAAUUCCUGAGUGUAGAAACUCCGUGCACUUACUUAAAAUUUAGGAGAAAACAUUUAAGCCACUCAGGUAUGAAAUUUUUCAGACUACUGAAAUUCCUCUAGCAGAAAUGUUUUAACAUUAUAUUUUAAGAGCUUUGGGUGCUGAAGGGCCAAACACUUUCUGGGCAUUUUUUUGGCCAGUUUUUAAUGUUAUACCAUUAAUUAGACACUCACCAGAUGUUUACAAGUUUUCUUUAGGGAAGUACAACAACUAUAUGAACUAUUUUAAGUCAUGUUCAUAUACAUUUAUUAGAGAUCUUAGUCACAUUCUUAAACAUUUAUUGGGCUCACUUAGUAAGUGUUUCAUAUAAUCAACAGGUUUCUUGAGUAAGAUAGUCUAUUAGUUACCAGCACAUUUUGAGCACCUGCUAUGUGUUUUUCUAGACAUUUCCUGCCAUUAAAGACCAGGGGUGCAUUCACUCUUUGUUUAUCUUUCAAAUGGCUUACUUCACGUGUAGUCACAGUUGACAUGAAGUGGUAAAAUAUCCAACAUGCCAAAAAUGCUCAGGCUAGCUAAUGCCAGGAAAAAAUUGCCAACCCACUCCUAGUACUUUUUUGAUCCUUGCUGUAUACAUUCUUCUAGGUAGAGCAUUUGUCUUUAGUUGUGUUUAUGAAGAUACUUUUUGCUAUUUAAAGACUAGGGACCGAUAUCACUGUUGAUGAUAGCGCAGAGAAACCCUCCACAUUUUUCAGUGCAUAAUUUAGUCCUCUGUAAAUGCCUUCGUGUUUUCUGAGCAGAAUGUAUGAGGUGUGCCAUCCCAAAACCAGCUGCUACCUUGUCUUUUUGAUAUGUCACUACCCUUCACUGUGGCCUCGCUGAUGUCUGAUAAGUAUUGUCAGUGUGCAAAAGGCUUUACUCCAGAAUGUUUUAUUUAUAGCAAACCAAGUCUGAAAAUUUUAGGAACACAGUCUCUUUGUGGGUGGAUGUUGUUAACUGUAAUUGUUGUUACCCAGAGCCAUGGGUUUUUUUAACCCCCAAAUAUCCACAUGGUGUGUAUUAUUAACUCUUUGAACUCUUUAGAGUAAGUUUUUGUGAGAAAAGGACUGUGAAAUCAAAACAAAGAGGCAUUUGUGAGUGUGCUAGAUAGAUUCUGUCAGUAUUGUGAUUCUGUACAGGAUUUUUUAAAUGACAACAUUCACAAAACUUACUUUUUAAAAAGUAUCUUAACAUGCCUAUUAACUGAUUGCACUGAUAUAAAAUAAAUAUAUUUGUGUUUUGUUUGUACUAAAACACAAAUGCAAGAGUACAAUUUUUAAAAUCUAGAAGUUGGUGGUUCUUUUGUUGGAGAAAAAUGGGGGUUAAUCCAGACUAUUCAGUCUUAACUGGGAUUUUUAUGCAUAUGAACUCAAUAUAAAUAUGAAAUAAACAGUGCCAACAUUCAUAAUUAAGUGAGAAGGUGUAACAUGGUUUUAUUUAUUCAGUUUUUAAAGGCAUACGAUUAUUUUUCUUAUAUUUUUGCUUAAUUUUUUUCAAAAUUGACAUUUAAUUCUUAAAUUGCCAUUUAUUUAAUGUGGAAGUAAGAUUUAAAGUUAGUUUGCCUUUGCAUGUAAAAUAUGUGAUUUGCAAGUUAAAUUUUUUUUUCUUAACAAAUGGAAGUAAAUUUAUUUGUCUCACGUAAAUCUGAAGUUUCAGCCUUCCUGGAUACCGUAAUUAUAACAGUCAGUGUUGCACUAGUCAGUAUGUGGAAACACAUUGUUGUACCCUGCUACUUAACAUUCAUUUGAAAGUGAACUUACAGUGAUGAGGAAUUUAUGAAAAAUAUGUUGUAUUUCUUUUGAUGUUACAAAAGGUUGCACAUGAAAAACUGACUUAUUAAAACAUGCUAUGUGUCCCAAAAUAAAGACCAGAAUGACGUUUUGAUAAUUU